UGCAAGUGUUUGAAAUAUUGAACAGCUGCUGACAACCAGUCAUCUCCUCACCAAUUUACUUGAAAAGUGUUGCAUGGGAUCCUACAGACAAUCAGGCAGCAAAGGGGAAGGUGAUUCGGUUACAGGGAACACACACAUUUAAUUACAUGGCAGUAAUGUAGAGAUACCAGUUAGCCUAACUGCAUGUCCUGGGGACUACAGCAUGUAAAAGGGAACUUGCAGGACCAAGUUGACAAAGUUGGACUAGAACUGAUCUGAAAGGAUAUCAUGCAAAACAUUGAGGGUUUGCAUUUGAUUUUACUUGUCUUAUCACUACCUGUGACUUUGAAAAAAUAAUAUACAUAUGGAUAUAUGAAGUACCCCAUGACCCAGAAUACAGACAAUGAAUGAAUGGAUGGAUGGAUGGAUGGUUGGAUGAAGUGCUAUAGCAAUGAAGCUUAAAACUGCACUGCUGCAUAAAAAAGCCCAAGUGCAAGAAUUUCCUUCCUGACUUUUGAGCCACAGUGUCAAAGAUAAGUGUUUCAAAAGCCCCCAGUACACCCUGAAGUUCAUGGAAGAAGCUUUUUGGCCGUUACUAACUGCAAGUUAUUUCUGCUCCACAUUUAAAGUUGUGCAGCCAUUUAGGAUAAAGGAGGGUCGUAACUCCAUGUGUGCUAUGGGAUGCCUGAGAGGAUCCAUCAUGAUCAUGCUACUGCUGCUGUUCUGUGGAGAUGCGGGGUCCUGCCCAGCCAGAUGUAUCUGCUCCCCUGUGGCUGAGAGGGGCCAGUGGGUGUAUUGUGCAAUUUCAGAAAACAGCCCCUUCCCGGCAUUGCCCAACAACACCAUCAUCCUCGAUCUCCAGGGCAACCGCCUCCGUGAAAUCCCAGCGGGCAGCCUGGACCAGCUAUCUCAGCUGCAGCUCCUGUGGCUGCAGGGCAAUAGCCUGGAGUGUGGCUGCAAGGUCCUGUACCUGAAGCACUGGUUGGAGGACCAGGGGGGGCAGGUGGUGACGCAGGGAGCAUUCUGCUCCCUCUCCAGCGGUACCCUGAAAAGCAUCGUCAGGCUGACGGGAAACGAGUACCCCAGCUGUGGAGACGCUGGUGAGCUGGGCUGCCUGGUGCACGUUGGGUGGGGCGUGGCAGCCUUGGGCAUCUCACUCCUGUCUCUGCUCCUCCUCAGCUACACCAUCAUCACUGUCAGACAGAUACACAAAAACACAACAAUAAACCUCAUUUCCUGUAACUAAAAAGUUGCGUAUCUGUGACAUCACACCCGGAUUUGGGUACUUCCCUUAGCAUACUGGAUUACUGUAUAAAAAAUGCCCGUACACAUAGAAUUACAAGCCAUGCUUUAUAAAGUUAUUUGAAAGAAACUUGUUUAGCUGGCUGUCAGUUAAAGCCCAUGUGACAUCCUAGGGGCCCAGUUUCACUUUGUCUCCAAAGGUGUGUGGCACUCUGCAUGCUUCUGGUGCCCCUCUACAGAUGGCGCCCUAGGCGGCCGCCUGUGUCACCUAACGGGCAGCCCAGCACUGCCUGGCCGACCAGGCGGAAUAUCACCCUGAUGCAUUGCGUUUUCUUUUUUUUAUAUAUUCUUUUGACACCUACCAAAGCCAAUGGUAAUAAACUGUUUCCUUACACUUUGACAGUCAUUUAUUCUUGAUGGAAAGAAAAAUACAAGAAAUGAACAUGACAUAUAUGAAUGAUAUGUUGUUGCAUAAUUAAAGAUAAACAUAAAAUCUUGA